UGACGCCCACUCAUGAGGGCCGCGUGGAAGCAGGCAGCUGCAGCAAGCAGAGGGUCCCUGUGACUGGAGGCGCACCCCACGAUGGCCGGGCCCUCGCCUUUCAAGAUGCGCCUGGUUCACCUGGACCUCAAGGGGGCGCCGCCGAGGGCCUCCUAUCUCUCCGAGAUUUUCCCUCUGUUCCACGCUCUGGGCGCAAACGGCCUCCUCAUCGAGUAUGAAGACAUGUUCCCCUACGAGGGCCACCUGCGGCUGCUGCGCGCCCAGCACGCGUACAGCCCCGCAGAGAUCGCGCACAUCCGGCAGCUGGCGGCGCAGCACGGGCUGGAGGUGGUGCCUCUGGUGCAGACGUUCGGGCACAUGGAGUUCGUGCUGAAGCACCCAGCUCUGGCUCACCUCCGGGAAGUGGCCCCGUUCCCCAACACCCUGAACCCCCACGAGGCGGAGUCCCUGGCCCUGGUGGGCGCCAUGCUGGACCAGGUGCUGGGGCUGCACCCAGGCGCACAGUGGCUGCACAUCGGCUGUGACGAGGUGUACUACCUGGGGGAGGGGGCGGCCUCGAGGCAGUGGCUGCAGCAGGAGCAGAACACGAAGGCGAAGCUGUGCCUGUCGCACGUGAGGGCCGUGGCCAGCCUGCUGCGGGCCCGGCACCCGGCCACGCGCCCGCUGGUGUGGGACGACAUGCUGCGGGACGUCCCCGAGGACCAGCUGGCAGCGUCCGGGGUGCCGCAGCUGGUGGAGCCCGUGCUCUGGGACUAUGCAGCCGACCUGGACGUCCACGGCAAGGUCCGUCUCAUGGAGAAGUUCCGAAAGUGCGGCUUCCCCCGGCUGUGGGCUGCCAGCGCCUUCAAGGGGGCCACAGGGGCCAACCAGGCCCUGACCCCCAUCCAGCACCACCUUGGGAAUCACGUGCGGUGGCUGCAAGUGGCGGCCAGCGGGCCGGCGGACACCCUGCAGGGCAUCAUCCUGACAGGCUGGCAGAGGAGGCCCGUGCGUCAGACCCCCGGGGCCCGCGGCUGUGCUGCGGCCUGCCCGAGGCCGAGCUGGCAGGCGGGCGCUGCCCCCGCAGGUACGACCACUUCUCCGUGCUGUGUGAGCUGCUGCCUGCGGGCGUCCCGUCCCUGGCCGCGUGUCUGCAGUGCCUGCUGCACGGAGGCUUUGAUGAAGACGUCAAAGCGAGAGUGGAGAACUUUCUGGGGAUGGCCAACCUGGACGCAGCGGCCUUGGAGAGUCAGCCUGCACCUGCGCGACUCGGUGGACGCGCUGCUGGAGAGGGACAGGUACGUGACGGGCUGGUUCAGCCCCUACCACCGCAGGCGGCGGCGCGUCCACCCGGUCAUGAUCCGCCACAUCCAGCCCCAGGCGCUCAGCCUGCUGGCCCGCUGGGGCGCCCUGGCGCAGGAGCUGGAGGCGGCCCUGGGGCGCGUCUUCUACCCCGACGCCGUGGAGGAGUGGCUGGAGGAGAACGUGCGGCCCAGCCUGCGGCGGCUGCAGGCGCUGCUGCUUCUGGUCAGGGCUGGGCAGGCCCGCGUGGGCAGGUCACAGGCCACACGCCUCGGCGGGCCCUGA